GCGCGCGUGCGCAGUGAGCUGCGGCGGCGGUUGUGGGUAGGCCGAAGGCGCGCGGUCCAGGCGGAACGUUGAGCAUCUCCCGCAUCCUGGCGUGGUUCUCCGUAACCGCACUGCGAGAGCCGCCGUGUUUCUGACUCCGUGCUUCCGCGAUCCGAGGCGGCUGCAGUGAGAAAGGUUUUCCUUGACGGUGCGUGGAGCGGUGAGAGGAACCCGUGCAAGAUGAAGACGAUGACAGGAUCAAACGAAUUCAAACUAAAUCAAACUCCAGAUGAUGGUAUUUCAUCAGUGAAGUUUAGUCCAAACACAUCACAGUUCCUGCUUGUUUCAUCCUGGGACACAACUGUCCGGCUCUAUGAUGUUCCUGCCAACACCAUGAGACUCAAAUAUCAGCAUACAGGAGCUGUCCUGGACUGUGCUUUUUAUGAUCCUACCCAUGCCUGGAGUGGAGGAUUAGAUCAGCAACUGAAGAUGCAUGAUUUAAACACGGACCAAGAAAACCUUGUUGGUGCCCAUGAUGCUCCUAUCAGGUGUGUUGAGUAUUGCCCAGAAGUGAAUGUCAUGGUGACUGGAAGCUGGGAUCAGACAGUUAAACUGUGGGAUCCCAGAACUCCUUGUAACGCAGGAACCUUCUCGCAACCAGAAAAGGUCUACACACUUUCUGUGUCUGGAGAUAGGCUAAUCGUGGGCACUGCUGGUCGGAGAGUGCUGGUGUGGGAUUUGAGGAACAUGGGAUAUGUUCAGCAGCGAAGAGAAUCAAGUCUGAAAUACCAGACCCGCUGUAUCAGAGCGUUUCCUAAUAAGCAGGGUUAUGUUUUAAGUUCUAUUGAAGGUCGUGUUGCUGUGGAAUACUUGGAUCCAAGUCCAGAAAUUCAGAAGAAGAAAUAUGCAUUCAAAUGUCACCGUUUGAAGGAAAACAACAUUGAGCAGAUUUAUCCAGUUAAUGCAAUUUCUUUCCAUAAUGUCCACAACACAUUUGCUACAGGAGGCUCCGAUGGAUUUGUAAAUAUUUGGGAUCCCUUUAAUAAAAAGCGUCUGUGUCAGUUCCAUCGCUAUCCCACAAGCAUCGCAUCGCUUGCCUUCAGCAAUGAUGGAACUACCCUUGCAAUAGCUUCUUCAUAUAUGUAUGAAAUGGAUGACAUUGAGCAUCCUGAAGAUGGUAUCUAUAUUCGCCAAGUGACAGAUGCAGAAACAAAACCAAAGUCUACUUAGUGGUCUGCUUAGACUUCUGGUGAUGCUACUUCUCUACAAGAGGUGUGCACCUGCUUCUAACAAGACUAAACUAAAACAAUAGAAGUGAGAAGAGCAGUCUUCAUACUGAUGCUGUUUUUCACUUAGAGAUAUUUGUAUAUUGUAGCAUGUCUUAAUCUGUCAUUACUUUUUUUACAAUGUUGGUGAAGCUGUUUUAUCUGCUGCCUAUGGCCACAUUAGUUCAGUCCUGCUGACAACCUUUAUAAAAACACAUUUUGUUGUUUUUUAUUAUGAAAACUUCCAGUGAUCUCGUAACUGUUCAAUAAAUAUCCAUGGCUUUUUGGAAAACA